UAGCAUUAAUGCAUAAUUUCGCAGUAACGCGACCGUAAAGAACGACGAGAGUAAUAUCGAUUUUAAUGUUGAUUUAGUUUUUCCUCCAGCAGUGUUCUCGGCAAUUCGAUUGUUCCGUAGUUGUAAGCAUCUUAUUUAGGUCAAUGUUAAAGAUAAAACUGAAAUUUGAAGCGUACAUUGCGCAUAGUCGUGGGGACGCUUCAAGAUAACCGAUUCGUGUGACCAAAAGCGUCAUAAGUCAUAGGGCCUGAUUCCAAAGUGCGCGUGCUCGUUUUCUCAUAUCUCGCAAUCAUUCCGCGAGUGAAAUCUGAAACAAAAGAAAAUAUGCUGCCUUUGACGAAUUUGCCGCCGAUAGCGAGGCUGUCCAACAACAUAAUCCGGAUUCUGGGCUGCAAUCCUGGACCGAUGACCCUGCAGGGCACCAAUACUUACCUCAUAGGCACAGGACAUAGACGCGUCCUGAUCGAUUCCGGGGAGGCGAAGACGAGCGAGGCGUACACGAAGCUGCUGGGCAACGUGCUGCGCGAUGAAAACGCGACGAUCGAGCACAUGCUGAUCACUCACUGGCACCACGACCACAUCGGCGGCGUGGAGUCCGUAUACAGCCUACUGAAGAAGCUGUUCCCCGAAAGGAAGCGACCCACCGUGUGGAAACUGCCACGCGCGCCGUACGACGACGGGGAGUCCCCGGACGAGACGUCUAUCCAGUGGCAGCCCCUCCAUGACGAGCAGGUGAUGAAGAUCGAGGGAGCUUCGCUCCAGGUGAAGUACACACCUGGGCACACGACCGAUCACGCCUGCCUGCUGCUGCAGGACGAGAACGUCCUGUUCAGCGGCGAUUGUAUCCUCGGCGAGAGCACCGCCGUCUUUGAGGACCUGCACCAGUAUUUGCUGUCGUUGGAGAAGAUCCUGAAGAUGCAGCCGAAGAGAAUCUACCCGGGCCACGGCCCGGUCCUGGACGAUCCCCUGCCGCACAUCCGGUAUUACAUCCAGCACCGGCAGCAGCGGGAAAUGGAGAUCUUGAACAUUUUCAACCAUCAAAUAGGCGAAGCGCCGGUCACGGACGCAGACAUCGUCAGACAGAUAUACAAGGACACUCCUGAGAAUCUGCUGUUCGCCGCGGCGUACACCGUGAGGCACCACCUUGCCAAGCUGCAGAAAGAGGGGAAAGUUUUCCAGAACGACGAGGGUGACUGGUAUCUUCAAAAUAAACUGUAACUCCCCUCCUCUCCCCGGAUCUCACCAGGGGAAAGAGGGGAAAUGGGAAAUUUAAGAAAAUUAAUAGUAGCGAAAGUAACACGGAGGCUUCCCUCGCGCUGCAGUCGUCCCCGUUUCUUGCGAGAUACGAGUCAAUGAGGAUGUACGAAGGAUCUGAAAUGACACUCGUGGCCGAUCGGUCGCACUUCUAAAACUUUCCGGGAGAACCUCCUUUUGGCGUCCGAGGAACGAUCAAUAAAUAACUGUUAAAUUAA